AUGUUAUUAAUUAGGGAUUUUAACGUUGAUUUAGAAAACAAUGGCGAUAAAUUCAGUACUCUGCUUAACUCAAUAGAUAGCUGUGGAGUGACACUUUAUAUACCUGAUACAUAUACUUCUCUUCGAUCCGAUCGUACAAUCGACUAUUCUUUAGCUGCUGGAAUUGAAAUCUCUAUUCAAGUAUACGAAGGUCAUACAAUAAGUGAUCAUACACUUAUCAUCUGCAUUUUACCUUGUGAACAUCGUGAAACAUGCAUGGCAUCUAAAACGAUAUGGACAGUAUUCUCGUUUUUUCUGUCGUAUACUUUCGAGUCUUGGAAUAAUCAAUGGGAUAAAAAACAUUACGACGUAACAUACGAUUUAUUCAUUGAAUUUCUGGCCGCAUUGGUAGCUUGUUGCACCUCGUAUUUUUCAACAAAUAUCAGUCAAACUUCGCUACUUUCCACAAUCGCUACAACAGCGUCUCUAACUACUGAUACUUCUUCAACAACGGCCAUUUUCAUAAUAACCGACAGUUUUACUACAGCAGUAACUACUUCACUAACUACGGAGACUGCUACAGCAAUAAUUCUUUCUACAACAGCCACUACUACUGCAACAACGGAAAACGAUACAACAACAGGAACUAUUACGUCAAUAACUAGCUCUGGAACAACGACAACUUCUAAUACAACAACUAUUUUCAUAAUAACGAAUACCUUUGCAACAACAGAAACUACUACAUCAGUAUCUUUGUCUACAACAGCUACUUUCGUAACAACGAAUGCCUUUACACCAACAGAAAAUGUUACAACAGAAACCGUUUCAACAGCAACACAGGCUGCUACAUCAAUAACUGUUUCUACAACAAUGGAAACUGCUGCAACAUUGGAAAACUCUACAACAACAGAAACUACUACAUCAAUAUCUUUGUCUACAACAGGGACUACCUCUACUACAAUGGUUACUUUGGCAAUAACAAAUAGCUCGGCAACAACAGAAACAACUACAACUGUAAGUUUUUCAAGAACAGUAACUGAGCUUACAACAAUGACUGCUUUUACAACAACAACUACCUCGGCUACAAUGGAUACUCCCAUAAUAACUGUUAUUCCUACAACAAUGCCUACUUCUAUAACCACGGAUACUUCAUUAAUGAUAGAAGCUGCUACAUCAAUAGUUGCUUCGACGGCAACGAUCGUUACUGCAACUACCAAUAAUUCGAUAACAACAGCAGCUUCUAAUAUCACGGGUAUUUUUGCAAUCACGUAUAGCUUUUUGAUAACAGAACUCACUACUACAGUACUUGUUUUUUCAGAUAUAACUACUUUCACUGCAACGACUACUUCCACUACACUGACUACAUCUACUACAAGGACGACUUCUACUACAACGACUACUUCUACUACAACGACGACUUCUACUACAACGACUACUAGUACUAGCACAAAUGUCAGUUGUAAUUAUUCGGUGGAAAUACAGUUACCUAAUGGUACUUGUAUGUCAAAAACUAAUGCUCAGGUAUGA